GACGCAGAACAGUAGUGUUGAGUGUGCCAAUCUCUGUGAGAAAAAUACCCAGUGCAAGUCUUUUAACAUGAGAUUGGACGAUAUGACAUGUGAAUUGAAUACAGGUACAGAGUUCGACACUAGUUCCACAUCUCUUGUUGAUGAUACUGAAAGCACGUACUACAUGAAGAUUCCAAAGGACUGUGCCGAUUACAACUUGGAUGGUGGUGUGUUUUGGAUUCACGUUCAUUCCAUGAGAAAGGCAAUCCAAGUUUAUUGUGAACGGGGAUGGACGGUUCUUAUGCGAAGGACUGGUCCGGAAUUAGACUUCAACAGGUCGUGGGAAGCUUAUAAAAACGGGUUUGGUAACAUUGCCAGCGACCACUGGCUGGGAUUGGAAGCGUUUCAUCGUCUUACCAAUCAAGGGGACUACUCCUUAAUGAUCGAAGUCAGGGACAUGCUGACCGACUCUUACUUUUGGAACAUCCAUGAACGUUUCCUUAUUGGUUCAGAAGGCGAUCAAUACCUUUUAAAG